CAAACCUUGUUAGUUCAGGUCAUAUCAUAACCUGAACGUGCAAUUUAAUAUUUUGACAGCAGGGACUAAAUAUUAAUUAGAAUAUUUUAACAUUUAUAAAAAUGUCUUUAAUUCAAGACAAGAAAGAUUCUUCAGGGAAAAAUGUAGAUGUAGUUUAUUGUACAUUUUGUCCAUCGAAAAUUCUUAAUGCUGGUGCUGCUACUUUUGUAAAUAUUGAGUUUUCUCUACCUGAAAUUUUGUGUAAAAAAGGAAGUGAGGGUACUAGCCGUGAAAUGAUUACAGACUGCUGGAUGGUGGAAGACAUUAAUUGCUUCGAAAACAUUGGUGUCUCGCACACGGUAGAAAAUGUGAAAUACCUCGCAUGUGCAGAUUGUGAAAGAGGUCCUGUUGGAUGGCACGAUUUAUCCACAUACAAAUCAUAUAUCGCCCUUUCUCGAGUCAAGCACGAGAAACCAAACUCUCAGAAAAAGUGAUGAAACAUAUAGCAACGAUGAUAGACCCGUUCAUGUAAAAAAAAAGACUUAUCAAAUUCUAUUUUAAUUUUAUAUUUAUAUGUGAAUGUAGUUCAUGCAGUCACUUUGCUUGUACAUAGUGCGCAAGAAUAAUUGUUCUUCGACAGUAUUUGUAAAGAAGUCCAAGUAUGCACUGGUCAUCUGAAAGUGAAAAGAUUCAAACGCACAAAUUGCUUUUUACAUUUAAUAAUUACCUAAACUGCAAUUUCAUACUUUUAAAAAACUAAAAGAUUUAUAAGAAGCCUUUUCUUGAAGUGAAAUUCAAAAAAACUUAAGUGUUUGUUAACAUACAUUUUAUUGAAAAUUUUCAUACAAAUCAAAUCACUGAGCAUUUAUUAAUUUCAAUAGCCAUAGUAGAAAAAUAUAUUUUAUAACGUAUUAAUAAUAAAGCAACUUAUUUAAUCAGUUUUUAUAAUGGAAUUUUUUACAACAAAGCUUUAAAUUCUGAUUAUCGGUAUUUUUUACCACAAAUAUUUAUAUAGUUUUGUACGUUUGCGUAAUUUUCGUGAAUUUUGUACUUACAAAAAUAAAUGCCUAUACAAAUAGUA